UUCUGUUAAAACCCUUCUCUAUUAAUUACACCUGCAAACCCGUUAACCCAAAACCCCAUCGCCGUCGCCUGCACCGGCAACGGCGAAUCCCUCCCUGUCGAAACCCCACCUUCUGAAAACAUACGCGUAGAAAUCUUUUCCGCAAUCCAGAAAAUACAGAACAAAUAUGGACGACGGAGAAGGAGGUCUAAGUUUCGAUUUCGAGGGCGGUCUUGACCUGGGCCCCACUCAUCCUACGGCAUCCAAUCCGGUAAUCCAACCCUCCGAUGCCUCAGCUUCGGCCAUCGGUGCCUCCUCCGCAGCCGCUAAUAUUACUAAUAAUAGUUUGAACCCAUCAGUAAUUCCUCCGGCUGCGGCGGGGGUGGGGGCGGCGGCUCCAGAUGGCGGAAUGGGUACAAAUCAGAGGAGGAGCUUCCGGCAGACAGUUUGCCGGCAUUGGCUCCGGUCUCUGUGUAUGAAAGGUGAUGCUUGCGGAUUCCUUCACCAGUAUGAUAAAUCUCGGAUGCCGGUUUGUAGGUUUUUUCGGCUUUACGGGGAAUGUCGUGAGCAGGAUUGUGUGUACAAGCAUACUAAUGAGGAUAUCAAGGAGUGCAAUAUGUACAAAUUAGGGUUUUGUCCAAAUGGUCCUGAUUGUCGAUAUAGGCAUGCAAAACAGCCUGGACCUCCACCUCCUGUAGAAGAAGUCCUCCAGAAGAUUCAGCAAUUGACUUCCUACAACUAUGGAAAUACAAACAGGUUUUUGCAAAACCGGAAUCCUAACUAUUCACAACAGUCAGAAAAGUCUCAGUUUUCACAAAUACCCAAUGGUGCAAAUCAAGUUGCAAAACCUACUACUGCAGAGUCCCCUGCCUUGCAGCAGCAGCAGCAACAACAGCAGCAAGGUCCACCGCCACAACAGAUCAGCCAGGCUCAAGCACAAAAUCUUCCAAAUGGCCAGCAAAAUCAAACAAAUAGAAUGGCAACACCCCUGCCCCAAGGAACAUCUAGGUGUGUUCAGAGUAACAAGGUCUUCUAUUAGGUCAUGUAAUCAGGCAUUGUACUUAUUUAUGGAUGUUAUAUAUAAGGGUUGUCCUACAUCCGCUGUAAUAAAUUUCUUGAGCGUCAUGGUAGCAAACAUAAUUGGUUAUACA